AUGGCCGAGCGCCUGAAGGCCCGGCUGCUGGACAAGGACAAGCUGGCGGACCUGGUGGUGGGGCCGGACGCGUAUCGCGACCUGCCGCGGAUACUGCAGGCGGUACAGGAGGGCGGCGGCGGCAGCGCUGAGGCUAUGAACGUGGCGCUGUCGCUGGAGGAGACGUACUCGGACGUGCUGCCGCUGAGGAGGGGGGGCGGACCGUCCGCGUUCGUCUCGAUCAUGCGGGGCUGCAACAACAUGUAG